CGACCAUUUCAUACAAUACAGAAUUUACAAAAAUGGAAAGAAAAUCAUAGAACACUGACGUGGGUGUGAUUUUAUAUUCGCUACUGAAGAAUAUUAUUGAUACAAGGGCACUCAAAUCACGUGGUUUGAAGAGUGUUCACUGUCAUUGGAUUUUGUGCGAAAGCGGAGACUUUUAUAACGCCACGGAACAAAUGGAAUCCGACAUAUCAAUACACAGGGCGUCAGAGGUAGUGAAAGCUUCCUUAGUCACCUUAGUGUUUUUAUUUGCUGCCAUUUCAUUCGAGACAUCAGCAGUCGAUCCCCAGACGAUACUAGAAUGUCUUCCUCGAGAGUAUACGUUCCGAGCGUUCAAACCGUAUCGCUUGAAGGGGAAGGUUCUUCCGUGUUACGAUGACGUCACGGUUUACUCGUGUUGGGGAAGAUGCGAUUCUUAUGAGUACGGCGAUUAUAAGAUCCCCUUCAAGAUCAGCCACCACCCCGUGUGUACGUAUACAGACCGCAGUUCCCGACAGGUCAGGCUACGACGAUGCCACCCCGACCAUCCAGAUCCAUUUUACGAAGUGUUUGAUGCCACUGAAUGUAGCUGUAGUGUGUGUAACGCUGACAACACGAGCUGUGAGAAUCUCAAUGGGUGACCUUUAGUAUUGUAAAUGAACUUGAUGACCUUUACUUUUUUGUA